AUGGCCGUGGUGCCACGGACUUGCGGCUGUAAAGGCGUGCGAUUUUGUGCGCUUUGCGAAGAAACGGAUCGCGUGAAGAAGCUGCGACAAGAAGGCGAUCCUUAUAGGGAUUUUCGGGUUUUUGUUUACGAUGGAAGUCGCGAUAUCGCGGUCCCUUCGAGCCAACUUGGCUCAAAUGCGAGCAUUGAAGCGAUUGUCCAAGGUAAAAUGGUGGAAAAAUUGAGCUCCUUGCCUCGUUUUAAGAAUUUUCUUCACAAUAAUCAAAAAAAGCUUUCAAUUACUAUUUCCUGGUACUUUUCUUCGAAAAAAUUCCUGCCCUGAAUUUAGAAUAAAAAAUAAUAAACCUGAAGCCACAAUUUCUCACAAAAAUCAUGAUUUUAGAAACGGAAAACUCCAAGAAUGCCCCAGAAGAAGGUACAAUAAAAAUCGGAGGACUUCUUCUAAUCGAAGAUUUCCUGAGCCAAGAGGAAGAGGCCGACCUUGUAGGGAACAUGAUUGAUACCGUUGAUUGGGUCGAAUCUCAGUCUGGGCGUCGGAAACAGGUGAUACAAUAAUAUAAAAAAUGAAAAAAAUGGAAAUUUCCAGGACUACGGCCCGAAAGUCAAUUUCAAAGGCAAAAAAGUGAAAACGGACACGUUUGUUGGUAAGUUCGAAACAUAAAUGAAACAAAAAUGAUGACAACACCGAAGAAAUUAAUUUUUGGUUACUGUAGUUGUGGCCUGUGUGUGGACCACGGUGUAUGCACAAUAACAUUUUAUUUGACGACAGUUUUCUUUUUUCGCGGAAUUUCAAAAUUCUUCUUCAUUAAUUGACCAUUCUGGUAUCGAAACUAACAAAUAUAACAUUUUUAGGAAUGCCAGAAUACGCCGACAUGCUUUUGAACCGUAUGAAGAACUAUGAUGAAAAGCGGCUAGGUUUCAAUUUUUUUUGGUGAAUUUUAAUUGUAAUCUCACUGUUAAGGAAAUUAUCAACCCUUUGAAAUGUGUAAUUUGGAGUAUGUAGACUGGAAAAAGAGCGCGAUUGAAAUGCAUCAAGACGAUAUGUGGAUUUGGGGCAACCGGUUAAUCAGGUUUUACUUUUUCAAUGUUUUCAUAAAUAUUUGAACUUUCGUUGAUAAGAUUACUAAAAGGCUCAGAUAAAAAGGGUUAUAAUGUUUGAAAAAAUCUUAUGAAUCGGUAUUUUUUGCCUAAAAAGGCUUCAAACAUUUUAUUUUUCCGUUCUGAAGUUUUGAAAAUUUCUAAUUUUUCAGAUUCAGACCUUAUAAGAUUUCAGAAAAAUGACUAUUUCUUUCAAUUAAAAAUAGCCUCAAAGUUCAACUAAAAUGAUUUUUAAUCUUCAAAAUUGUGUUUAAAUCCCUUUUUCUACAAAAUUCUAGCUAUAAAACUGUAUUUCGAUUCAUUUUCCUACAAAAUUCUAGCCCAAAACCUUCAAAAAUGCCUAAUUUUUCAGUAUAAACCUACUAAGCGGCUCCGUAAUGACGAUCGUAAACGAAAAUACCCGACAAUUAUGCUACAUUUACAUGCCUCACCUGUCCCUCCUCUGCAUCGCCGAUGAAUCCAGGUAUUUCCUUGGGAAAAUCGGGACAAAAAGUCCCAACUUUUUCCAGAUACCUAUGGAAACACGGCGUUCUGUCUCAACAUAUAAUUGGCCGUCGGAUCGCGUUGACAAUGCGGGAACCGGCGCCCGAUUUUCAGGUAAACCCGCGGCGAGUCGGGCGCAAAAUGACAUAUCUGAUGAGUCUAUAGCCCGCAAGCUUGUCACGUUUUUCUUUCCGCCCAAAGUACCGUAUACCAAAUUAGAUCGAAAUUGAGCAUUUUCGCUUCAAGACCUCUGUAUUUUGCUGGCUUUUUAGCAGUCUUGGAGAGCAAAAGUUUUUAUUUACUGGGAAAAAUUUUAGUGGCCACUAUAGAGGCUUGCCAAGGACUACUUGGAGAGGAUACUAAAGUGGCCACUAAAGCAACCUUUAUAGUGACCACUAUUUUCCGUUUUAGUGGCCCCUUCAGUAGUUUUUCAUCCAGUAUUCCUCCCAGUAACUCUGAUAAUUAAAAAAAAACAGAUUGGAUCAGUUAUGUUGAUCCAUUCACCCCUAAAGUGGCCACUUUUAGUGGUCUAACAGUAGCACUAAGACCUCUAUAGGGGCCACUAAUUUUCAACCCCUUAAGUGGCCACUAAUUUGGCUACUAUUGUGGCCACUAAAAAGUCAAAACCCUAUAGUGGCCACUAAAAAUUUUCCUAGUAGAGGUAGUUCUGAAGUCAGUGGAGAAUCUAGUUUUUUUAAAAACCUUGAAAUUUCAUGUUUUGUACAUCUAAUUGUCAGAAGCUUAUCCGAAAAAAAUGAUCUCUCAGCUCACAGAAAAAAGUUUCAAAAUUAAAAUUUAAUAACAAAAGAUUUUUAGCUUUAAUAAUGAGCUCUAAUAAAAGGAAACAUGCUUCGAAAAUCAGAUGUUUCUGAAUUUUCCUUCGGAUCGGCGCAAUGUCGUCUUUUAACCCACAUAAACUCUGAUCAAAGAAAGAUUUGUUUUUUGUCAAAAAAUCUAAUUUUCCACUCUAACAAGAAAGCUUAGCCAUAGAGCGCGCUAGAAUGGAAAAAUGGCCUUUCUAUGAUCCAGUUCUUUUUUUGAACUAAAACUGUUUUGAGAUUCAACUCAAACAAUUCUUACCGCCUCAAGCUCGAAAAAUAGCAUUUUUAGCCAUGGAGCACAUUUGUGAUAUGAAAAAUAGCCUGCCCAUACUUUUUUCAGCUUCCAAUAGACCUUAAAAAUCAAUAAUUUGAAAAGGAAAAACCAUGUUUUCUUACAGGUAGGCGGCUCGCUCUACGAGAAAUACGGUGCCGAGUUGAUCCGUCUUGGAAAUAUCCGAGUCCCCUUAAGGGCCGAAAAAGCCACUUAA